GACCAGGUCAACUGUCCAUUUUAUCUUAAAACAGGGGCAUGUCGAUUUGGUGAUUCAUGUGGACGGAAUCAUCCAUAUCCCGAGAAAAGUGUUACCAUUUUAAUUAAGAAUAUGUACGAGGGUAUGCCGGUUCAAUUGGCGGACGAAGAUAAUGACGAUAAUUUGGAGAUUGAAGAAGCCGAGAAAGCUAUAAACGCGACCAGAGGGCGAUGGUAUGCAGGAAAACAACUGAUUUGCGAAUACUGUCCAGUCACGAAAUGGAAGUCAGCUAUAUGUGGAUAUUAUGAAAGAAACAAGUGUCCAAAAGGAAUUCAAUGCAACUUUUUACAUGUUUAUAAAAACCCGGGAAAUUUAUAUGCUGAAGCAGACAAAGAUUAUGAAUAUCUUUCAAGGAAAUCAUCAGUGGAUAUUGCCGAAUCAACAACACAUCCGACUGUUACACCGGUGGACGAAAAAUCACAAAGUCUAAUCUUAUCAGAAUCUUCCAAUGUCACGAAACACGCUCGGUCGCCUAGUCGUGAUGAGAGUCAACCUAACCAUCCAUCUAGUCACGAUAGAAGUCGAACGCGCAGCCAGCAUAAGGGACGUUCGCCAAGAUCUACAUUCAAACUUAAUAGCGAAAAAUCUCGGCAUCGUAGUCGAUCAAGGUUACGGUCAAAAUCUCGUUCUCGAUCUCCCAAGAGAAUAUCGCGUGAAAGAAAUCGUCACGGAAAAGGUCGUAAUCACAAAUGUUCGAGUAAGGAUUACAAUCACGGACAGCAAGAUGUAAAAAUCUAA